UUCGUUCACAAAACCCUAGCACGCGGGCGCAGCCAGUCCUCUCCCCAAAGCUUCUGGAGACAUCUUCUCGUCUCCCUCCCGCCGUCGCGUUCGCGUCCUCUUCGAAUCGAGUCGAGAAGCGCCGCGAUCGAACCAACGCAUGGCGGACAAGGAGCCCGUCGCCGUGCGCCCCGAGGCGGCCGAGGAGGAGGACGACGCCUCCGCCGCCACCGCCGCCGCCGCCGCGGGGGAGGAGGAGGACACGGGCGCCCAGGUGGCCCCCAUCGUGCGGCUCGAGGAGGUCGCCGUCACCACCGGCGAGGAGGACGAGGAUGUACUCCUCGAUAUGAAAGCAAAGCUCUACAGGUUCGACAAAGACGGGAACCAGUGGAAGGAGCGUGGCACGGGCACUGUCAAGCUCCUAAAGCAUAAGGAGACCGGCAAGGUCCGCCUCGUCAUGCGCCAGGCCAAGACGCUAAAGAUCUGCGCCAACCACCUUGUGGUCUCGACCACGAAGAUGCAGGAGCACGCCGGCAGCGACAAGUCGUGCGUCUGGCACGCUGCGGAUUUCGCUGAUGGUGAGCUUAAGGAGGAGAUGUUCGCUAUCCGGUUCGGUUCUAUAGAGAACUGCAAGAAGUUCAAGGACUUGGUCGAGGAGAUUGCUGAGUCUCUUGCAAAGGAUGAAAGCAAGGUCAAUGAAGAUGGUUCGUCCACAGCAGGAUUGCUGGAGAAGCUCACCGUAAGUGAGAACAAAUCUGAGGAAGGUGUGAAGGGGGAAUCCACAGAAUCUGGCAAGGAGGCAGAAACCAAAUCCGAGGCUACCCCAUCUGAGUAGUGGUACUGCACACUGCAAAGAAGAUUGCCCAGUGGCGAGUCAGUUUGUCUGUCCUUCUCGCAAGUGAAAGUUUGGUACUCGGUACCCAUGAAAUAUGCUGCUAUCCUUUGGGGUGAGUCGGAGCAGAGUCAUUGAGUCAUCUUCUAAAGCGCGCUCCUGUCUGGGUAGCCUCCAUUGUUUUAAAAGGUUACCGUUCCUGAGUUCAAGGUUGGCGUUUGGAUUUGGUCUGGUCUGGGCUUGGUUUUGUUAAAAACUUGAAGUUCAUUGGUAUGAGUUGGAAUGUUUGGUAUGUGAGUUUGCAGGUAUUUCGCUGCAUGGAUCGUUAUGGACUGCGUUAUAUUAUGAUACAUGUGUUAUACUAUUUA